AUGAGGAUCAUCUCCUGUCAGUCGAGCCUUGUGGCUCUAGUUGUGGUUACACUCACUGUGGUGGGCUGCGCUGAAGCGAAAACUACACAGAAGCCAAAGUAUCAGUACACCAAGAAACCCAUCCCUCAGAUUACUGUGCACAGCCCUGUGACCACCAGCGUGCCCAAGACUCUCAAAGUAGUGCUGAGUGCAAAGCCUGUGGUGCCCACCACAGAAAGGACCACCUACCAAAAUCAUGUCCAUCCACAGUACCUCACAGAGAGCACCGAGCCCCCUGGUGCUGGCCCUGAGAAUUACACUCUAGAUUACAACGAAUGCUACUUCAACUUCUGUGAAUGCUGUCCACCUGAGAGAGGCCCCAGGGGGCCAAAGGGAGGCAUCGGCCUACCAGGGCCACCAGGUGACAAGGGUUUUACCGGAGCAGCUGGUUUACCUGGACCCCCGGGAAUGAGUGGUCCUAUCGGGGUAAGAGGAGACAGGGGAGAUAAAGGUGACAGAGGAAGCAGUGGGAUAGUCGGGCCAUCAGGAAUCCCAGGAAAACCAGGACAAAAAGGUGAUAUUGGCUCAAAAGGUGAAAAAGGUGUAAUAGGGUUCCAAGGUGUCAAAGGUGAAAGUGGGGUGAAAGGGGAACCUGGACAGAAUGGGACAGCUGGUGAAAAAGGAGAACCGGGAAUUGAGGGCCCAGCUGGCCCUUCAGGACUGACUGUUGAGAAUGGUCCUAAAGGAGAGAAGGGGGAUAAGGGGGACUGCGGCACAUAUGGGGAGAGAGGACAGAAAGGUGAUCGAGGGGAUACCGGCUCCCCUGGCAUCCCAGGAGGGAUGGGCAUUCCAGGACUGAAUGGCCAGCACGGUGUCUCAGGUCCUGAAGGCAUCCGAGGGGAACAGGGACCUGUUGGCCCGCAAGGAGAACCAGGGUUUCCGGGCCCUCAGGGACCCCAAGGCAUAAGAGGGCCGCUUGGACCAAAGGCGGACAGAGGCUGGCCUGGGAUGAGAGGUGAUCGGGGCUUUCGUGGAAUCAAAGGAGCAAAGGGAUCAGCAGUACCCACGAAACGCUCAGCCUUCAGUGUAGGUAUCUCUCCAAGAAAGUCCUUCCCUCCGUCUGGCUUCCCGAUCCGCUUCGACAAAAUCUUCUACAACGAAGAGAACCACUUUAAUGUCACUUCCAACAGCUUCACCUGCGUCCAUGCCGGGGUUUACGUCUUCUCUUUCCACAUUACUGUACGCAAUCAGCCCCUGCGAGCCACACUGGUGGUGAACGGGUCCCGGCGGGUAAGGACUCGGGACUCUCUGUACGGUCAAGACAUCGACCAGGCGUCCACUCUGGUGGUGCUGCGGCUGGCGGGGGGGGAUCAGGUGUGGAUGGAGACGUUCAGAGACUGGAAUGGGGCGUAUGCCAGCAGUGAGGAUGACAGCAUCUUCUCUGGAUUCCUGCUGUACCCAGACACACCCUGAUCCUGAGAGUAUCUUCUUCUAGAAUCUACGGGACCAACUUGAUUCCUGCAAAGGAAAAAUACUAGUGGUGCUACACUAUAUUAUUACUCUUGAACUGCUGGAAAGCUGCACUGCACACUAGUAUGAACAUUUAAUGACGGGCAAUAUCAAUAUAAUGUUUAUUAUACCAUCACCUCAAUAUUAUAUUUUUUAUUUUAAGCUGUUACCCUCUAAAGAAAAAGAACGACGUCUUGUUUAUUGCUGGAAUAUUUACUUACAUGUUUUGAAUCUAAUAAGGUUAUUUAGUGCUAAAAGGCAAAAAUCACAUACUAUGGAUCAGCCUAUGACAAAGGUAAAUAAAUGAGAAAGUGCCAAUAUUCAUCAUGGAUGGAAAUCUGGAUUAGGGUUAUCAUAAAUAGAGCACUUAAACAUCUAUAUAACCAAACUAUCUGAUGGUAAAAGACAAAAAAACAAAUCCCAUAUGAUGAUAAUAUUUUCAUUUAUCAAUAUGCAUGUCAAACAAAAAAGCUGUAAUAAAUAUGCCAGCAGAAAGAGAGAGAGUGUGCAGGAGCCAAUUUUUUUUUAAUUCAAAUGUUUCUUGCCACCAAUAUUAUGUAUUCAUGUGUGCAUAUAUGUUUUUCUGUUUAAUGAAACACCUUUACUCUCUUCAGUCACUGCACAGAGUU